AUGGCAGGGAUUACGUGGCAUUAUGUUCUCAAAUUUAUCAUCACAGGCGAUGCUGGAGUUGGAAAGUCAUCUUUACUUGUUCGCUUGACAGACCAACGCUUCCUCGCGAAUCCCGACCCGACACUAGGAGUAGAAUUCGGCUCAAAGUUGAUCGAUAUACCCGAGGAAGGGAAGGUUGUCAAGCUACAAUGCUGGGAUACCGCUGGAACUGAGUCCUUCAGGUCGAUUACACGGUCAUACUACCGUGGCGCCGCGGGCUGCUUGCUUGUUUAUGACGUGACAUCUCGAACGAGUUUCAUAAACGCGCAGUCGUGGCUUGCAGAUGUGCGGGAACAUGCCGACCCUCACCUAACUUGCAUACUAGUCGGAAAUAAAGUCGAUCUAUGCGAUGAGGAAACAGAGGGCUCGUUGGGUAGACGAAGAGAAGUUUCUCUAGACGAGGCAGGUGAAUGGGCUAAAAAGGAGGGAUUGCUAUUCUUAGAAGCAAGCGCAAAAUCGGGGACGAACGUUGAAUCGGCGUUUGAACAAGCUUCGCGCGAUAUUCUCCAUAAGAUCAAGAGUGGCGUUUUUGAUGAUGAUCGAUCCCCAGGAGUGAAGCUGUCAAAGCCAGCAAAUGGAAACCUUGCCCUGGAUCAAGCCUCAAAUAUAAAGGGAUGCUGUUCAUGA